AUGAAAUACACUCGCGCCAACCUCCUAACGCCCGCCCGCAAUUUCUGCGCCGCCUUAUCCUCCUCCUCCCCCAUCCCAACCCUCCUCACCCACUUCACCCACGACCCCUACCCGCAAGCCCACGAACACGGCCUCCCCCACCUCGCCCCCUUCCUCGGCCGCACCUUCACCGGCAGCGACGGCGUCGCCCGAUACUUCGAAGUAAUGACUUCCGAACUCGGCUUCGAAGACAUGUCCUUCGAGCCCGAGGCCGAGUGGCUCGUCGACACAUCUAUCAUGGCGGUGGUUAUCCGAGGGACCGCGAAGUUCUAUGCGAAACGCACGGGCCAGAAAUGGGAUGAGGGGUUUGUGUACCGGCUGGGUAUUGCGGAGGAGGUGAAUGAGGAGGUUUCGGGGAGGGGGGAGUUGAAGGUGCAGGAGUAUGAGGUUUGGGCGGAUACGGGGGCGGCAUAUCUUGCGUUGAAUGGGAGGCUGGGGGAAGUGUUAAGUGAGGAGAAGGAGGGGGGGACUGGGGGCGCGGGGAGGACGAGGAGGAGUCAGGAUCGGAAGAGGAGUGGCUGUGGGGAGGUUGUUGGGAGUGGGAUGGGGGCGUAUGGGAGCUGUGGGCAGUAG